AUGUUUCCACUUCAGGCCUGGAGUGGCAACGCGGCCAGUCUCAGAUCCUCCCCCAGUGAGGCAUCGGCCAACACCGACCCGGUCGCCUUCAGCUUCGAUACUACUUGGGACGGUGGCUCGCCCAUUUCCACCCCGGCAGCCCCUCCACCAACUCCUCAGGACUCUCUGCUUGAUAUUACCCCUCGCAAGUGCUCUUUCUCUACCGCCUUUGGCAUGAGCAACGCUUGUGCUUUCCCCUCCUGGCCCAACCGACCGGCUUUGAUCAGCACGGACACCGAGGUUUCUACUGGAAGCGCCUACAUCUCGGACGAGGAACUUUGCUUCGAUUUGGGACCCCAGUCCGAAUCCGCCGUGGAAGAAGAGUCGGCCGUGGAAGAUGCCGUCCGACCUGGUGACCUGACGACUGAACAGCAGAUCCAGAUGCUGCGCGCCGCUGCUGAAGAGGAAGCCCAGCGCGCCCGUUUCCUCGCCCAGGUCCAGGCGCACGCGCGGGCUCAGCAAGCCAUGCGGGUGGCACAGCUCGCUUCCCAAGAGAAGGAAAAUGCGAAGCGCAAGAAACGCCAGGCUAUGCCCCAGAAGAAGCGACGGGCUCCGUCGGCCACUAAGGUGGUGAUUCGUGCCUAG